CUCUCGGGACAUCGUGAUCGCCUUUUGUUGCCUGCUGCACCAUUUUCACAUCCUUACACCGAGUGUUGUCUUCUUCUCUUCCCACUGUAGCUGGACAGGAUUUAUUUGUUGGUCAUGAACACGACUGCAUCUAUGUCCGUAGACUGUUUGACUCAGGAGGAGGAAAACAGCGUUUAAUGAGGAGAAAUCCGCGGAAUGUGCUGCUUGAAAUAAAUGACAGGAUACAUGGAGACAACAGAGGACUGCACCUGUGACCAACUUGUGCAAGGGAAACCCUCGGGAGGUCCCGGGAGAAGAUGGCAUUCUGGGGGAGAAAUACUCACAUUGAGAAAGAACGCCAUGUGAAAGCCAACGCACGGGACUACAAUGACAAGUUCUCUUAUGCAGACAAUCACAUCAAAACCUCAAAGUACAACAUCUUCACCUUCCUGCCCAUCAACUUGUUUGAGCAGUUCCAGAGGGUGGCCAACGCUUACUUCUUAGUGCUGUUGAUUCUGCAGUUAAUUCCAGAAAUUUCCUCUCUGUCCUGGUUCACAACCAUCGUGCCUUUGGUGUUGGUGCUAGUUAUCACGGCUGUGAAGGACGCAACAGAUGAUUAUUUCAGACAUAAGAGCGACCAGCAAGUCAACAACCGCCAGUCUCAAGUUCUCAUCAGAGGAAGUUUGCAGAAUGAGAAAUGGAUGAACGUACGAGUCGGGGAUAUCAUCAAACUUGAAAAUAAUCAGUUUGUUGCUGCAGACCUCCUCCUCCUCUGUAGUAGUGAGCCCUAUGGACUGUGCUAUAUUGAGACUGCAGAGCUAGAUGGUGAGACAAAUCUGAAAGUUCGUCAGGCUUUAACCGUCACCUCAAAUUUGGGAGAUAUUACAGAACUGAUGGACUUUGAUGGAGAAGUAAUUUGUGAACCACCAAACAACAAGCUGGAUAAAUUUACUGGAACUUUACUAUGGAAAGACAAUAAAUACCCCCUGGACAAUGAGAAAAUGCUGCUGCGAGGUUGCAUUCUCAGAAACACUGAGUGGUGCUUUGGGAUGGUCAUUUUCGCUGGAUUGCAAACAAAACUAAUGCAGAACUGUGGAGGGACUAAAUUUAAAAGAACAAGUAUUGAUAAACUGAUGAACACUUUGGUUUUGUGGAUCUUUGCCUUCCUCGUUUGUAUGGGAGUUAUUCUGGCCAUUGGAAACACUGUUUGGGAGAGCUGCCUUGGCAGAAACUUCCAGGUGUUUUUGCCGUGGGAUGAGUUUCAGAGCAGUGCUGUUUUUUCUGGCUUCCUCACCUUCUGGUCCUACAUCAUCAUCCUCAACACUGUUGUUCCCAUCUCACUGUAUGUCAGUGUGGAGGUUCUACGGCUCGGCCACAGUUACUUCAUUAACUGGGACCGCAUGAUGUACUGCAGUCAGACGGACACUGCGGCGGAAGCUCGCACUACCACUCUGAACGAGGAGCUGGGUCAGGUGGAGUUCAUUUUCUCUGACAAGACGGGCACCCUCACCCAGAACAUCAUGGUUUUCAGCAAGUGCUCCAUUAACGGACAGACAUACGGUGACAUCUAUGAUGAAUUUCAGAAGAAGGUGGAAAUUACAGAAAAAACAGCCUGUGUGGACUUUUCCUUCAACGCUCUCUGUGACAGGAGGUUUAAGUUUUACGACAGUCGCCUGGUUGAAGUCAUUAAACUGGAGGAUCCUGCAGUGCAGGAGUUCUUCAGACUGCUGGCUUUGUGCCACACUGUUAUGCCGGAGGAGAAGAGCGAAGGAAAUUUGAUGUACCAGGCUCAGUCACCUGACGAGGGAGCCCUGGUCACUGCAGCGCGAAACUUUGGCUUUGUCUUCCGGGCCCGAACCCCCGAGACCAUCACACUGUGUGAGAUGGGACGAGCCGUCACCUACCAGCUGCUCGCCAUACUGGACUUCAACAACGUGCGCAAGAGAAUGAGUGUCAUUGUGAGAAACCCGCAGGGUCAGAUUAAGCUCUAUUCCAAAGGAGCCGACAGCAUUAUCUUUGACCGCCUGCAUCCGUCCAGUCAAGACCUCAUGUACACUACCUCAGAACAUCUCAGCGAAUUUGCCGGAGAAGGGCUUCGUACAUUAGCUCUGGCCUACAAAGAUCUCGAUGAAGAUUAUUUUGAUGUUUGGAUGAAGAAGCUGCUGUUUGCCAGCACUGUCAUCGAGAACCGCGAGGAUCAGUUGGCUGUUCUCUACGAGGAGAUUGAGCAGGGCUUGAAGCUUGUAGGAGCCACAGCCAUCGAGGACAAACUGCAGGAAGGAGUCCCAGAAACUAUCGCCUGUCUGAAUCUAGCUGACAUCAAGAUCUGGGUCCUCACAGGAGACAAACUAGAGACAGCGAUGAACAUCGGCUACUCCUGCAACAUGCUGCGAGACGACAUGAAUGAGGUGUUUAUUAUCUCUGGCCAUACACUGCUGGAGGUGCAGCAGCAGCUCAGGAGUGCAAAAGAGCACAUUAUUGGCCUGAGUCGAGUUAGCAGUGCAGGAGGUGAUGAGAAGGUGGACGUCUUUGCAGACGACUCUGUGUUUGAAGAAACCAUCAUUGCAGAGUACGCCUUGGUCAUCAAUGGACACAGUUUGGCUCACGCUCUGGAGCCACAGCUAGAGCACACUUUGCUGGACUUGGCCUGUUUGUGUAAAACAGUCAUCUGCUGCCGGGUCACUCCCAUGCAGAAAGCCCAGGUGGUGGAGCUGGUGAAGAGGCACAAGAGGACCGUCACCCUGGCCAUUGGAGAUGGAGCCAAUGACGUCAGCAUGAUCAAGACUGCUCACAUCGGUGUUGGCAUCAGUGGUCAGGAGGGGAUGCAGGCGGUUCUGGCAUCUGAUUACUCCUUUGCUCAGUUCUGGUACCUGCGGCGGCUCCUGCUGGUGCAUGGACGCUGGUCCUACUUUCGCAUGUGUAAAUUCCUGUGCUAUUUCUUCUACAAAAACUUUGCCUUCACGCUGGUACACUUCUGGUACGGCUUCUUCUGUGGUUUCUCAGCUCAGACGGUGUAUGACCAGUGGUUCAUCACCCUCUUCAAUAUCGUCUAUACAUCUUUACCAGUCCUGGCCAUGGGACUUUUUGAUCAGGAUGUCAACGACCAGAACAGCCUUCGCUACCCGAGCCUCUACAAACUGGGCCAGCAGAACGUCCUCUUCAACAAGCGCCAGUUUUUCCUGUGCACGCUGCAGGGGAUGGGCACAUCGUUCGUGCUCUUCUUUUUUCCCUACGGAGCCUUCUCUGUCAUGGUGAAAGAGGACGGCUCGCACUUUUCCGACCAACAGGCGUUUGCUGUUACCAUAGCAACAUCCUUGGUCAUUGUCGUAAGUGUUCAGAUUGGACUGGACACAUACUACUGGACAGCUGUCAAUCACUUCUUCAUAUGGGGGAGCCUGACGGUGUAUUUUGCGAUAUUAUUUGCAAUGCAAAGUGAUGGAAUAUUUGGUAUUUUGCCAAGUAAUUUCCCAUUCAUAGGCACUGCACGUAACAGUCUGUCGGAGAAGUGUGUGUGGUUGGUCAUUCUGCUCACCACUGUGGUGUGUGUGGUGCCCGGCUUAGUGGUCAGCUUCCUGAGAGUAAACCUCUUCCCAACUCUAACAGAUAAGGUUCGUCACCUCCAACAGUCCAGAAAGAGACAAGGACCUCAGGAGCACAACCCGAGGCGAGUACGCAGGACGAGCUCUCGCCGCUCUGCAUACGCCUUCUCCCACCAACAGGGCUACGGCGAGCUGAUUACCUCAGGAAAAAACAUGAGGAUGAGCUCAGUGACCUCUGCUCGCUCCCCUGGAAGAGAACCUCCGAGCUCCACCUGGAUAGAAAAUGUGUUGAAGAGAAAAAACGAAGUCUCCUGCGUCUCUGAUGAAAACACAGGAGCUCCAGCAGUGGAGCAAAAACAGACUUAGCAGCAAACUGAGUGAACUCGACCUCUGACUAAUAGAUAGUGUAAACACUCAAGGACACCAUAUGGUUCUCACAGACCAAGCACAAUGUACGAGUGUCCUUCAUUUGGUGAAUUUAUGCUCAAAUCAUACACAGGUGUACCUCUUUUUUUUUAUUAGUGUGGAUCAUGUGGAUUCUGUUGAAUGUUAAAGGCCAAUCGAGAUAACAGUUUUUUCAUCUUUACCACAACACGAUUUUGUUUAAUGAGCAAACUCAAUCAGAAACACCCAGUAUAUUUUGCAUGAGUUGCCAAAAUUAAAAAUUAAAAAAAAUUGUCCUCUUGCAUCAACAGAUCCAAUUUGAUCUAGAAGUGAUUGGUGCAGUUAUUCAAUAUUAUUUUCAUGGCAUGUUCUUUUCUGAUAAAUACUGAAAGGUACAAACACAAGACAUUCAUAAAUGAGCACCAGUACAAAAAGUUGUUUUUUCAGACUGUAAAGCCUAUGCACUGAAAAUCUCCUCUCAACCUCCAUCCAAAGUGCUAAAACACAAGUGUUUCUGUAAAUAAUGAUGUGAAGCUGCUGGAUGUGAUGAUAAGCACAACUAUUGAUUAUAAUUAUUGAUUUGAGUACAUUUUGCUGACUCAAUAUUUUGCCAAUAUACAGUAUGUAUCGGUUUCCCCGUGCCUUUAAUGGUUCCCGUUAAAGAUAUCAAUGUCAAACCAGUUCCUUGACUUGAGUUUUUUUUUUUCAAAGAAAUGUGUAAAACUAGAAUGCAUGGCUUGAAUCUGAUAUAUUGAGAUAUUUAAAAUAAUGUACAGUUGCUGCACAGCAUUUGAAUAAUCAUUGUCAAACUCCAAACAUGAUGUACGCUUCAAUUUGGUUCUUAAAAAACUGUGAUCAGCUUUUAAAAACCUCAAGUGUUUAUCAAGGUUUUUAGUCCAUAUUUGAGCAGACAGUGACAGGCAAACUGUCUGUGUGAGAUAAUUUAAUAAAAGUCCCUGAGCAGAUUUGAAUGCUGCAGUUACCCUCAGUACAGUACAGAGUGCCUUAGACUACCGAGCCUCCACCAUCACUGCUCUGUAAUGAAGUGAAAAUUGCUCCUGUGCAGGAGCUCCAGCCCAGCGUAUGAUUGUAUAAUCAGGACGCCUCUAACCUGACUUACACGUGGCUCCUUUUCCCCUGUGACAACUCGAACACAAGACACACCC